GCUCAUUAGCUGGAUAAAGAGGCUAUACUUGGAGUGCCACGUGAUCAUGUUGUGCCAACAUGAGCGGUCCCGGUUCUGUGUGCAUUGCGAGUUUAAUCGAAACCGCCCCAGCGAGUUGUUUGCUCGUGAUCGAACGUCUGAUGUGGAGGACUGGCGUAGAAAACAAACUGUAGCUCUAUUCUGCAUCUACGAUUUCAAAUUCAAUCAUCAACACCUCACUUCUGAGCAUCUUUUUCUUUUCAGUACUGCCCAGCAUGCGUUUCCGGUGUCGCUACCACUCCCUUUUGGCCUGCGCUGUGGCGGGAAGCUCUGUGGCGGUUUCGCUCUCGCGCGGACCUUCUGUACAUUAUCCGGCCCAGCUGGAGAGAUCGCCUAUCAGCGGAGGGCUUCAUCUUGACAACCGCAGUCGUUCCCCUCACCGCAGAGCUUUUGAGACGGAGGUUAUCGUAGGUCCGCCAGCGGCAGCAAGUGAAGUCCACCCGGUCGAUCAUGGUGUGCGUCGCGCCGUGCGCAUUAACCAGCUAGCGGGACCUGAGUCCUCCGGGGCUUCGCCACAUUCCGACGCACGUUGUUCUGCGACCCUCCUUUCGAACUUGUGGGGUGGAGACGGAAAAGAUGCGAGUAGUUGGCCACGGUACUCAGCUGCAGACGUAGACGAAUUCGGAAAAGAGCGGCAGAGGGACGAUUUCGAAAAACAGUGGGGUUUGCGCGGCGACGGAGAUCGUGCAGAUCGGCGCGCCUUGCCCAUUCUCCCUCCGGCAAAGCAAGCGAAGGUUGCAAAUUUGGCGAAGCUACCGCUCGUGCACUACCUGGACAGACAGGACCGCGCAGUGCAGGUAUUCCAAAUGACCACACUGGCUAUGCAGCUGCCCGUGUCUCUCACUGACAGCGCAAAACUUUCAGCACAACACCACGGCUGGAGCCUGCACGUGGCUGGGUUUGUACCUUGGGAAGGCAGAAGCCGACCGUUGGAGAGCACAACUUCUUCAACUGCAUCUUCAGAACAACAAAAGAGAAUAGAGAGAACCACUAGCCGCGCCAGCGUCGGGAAGCGAAGGAAGAGGCAGCAGACGAAAAGCACAGCCGAUGUGCCUCCCCCGCAAAAUACUGGCGAGCCGGCGAUAACCGCAGAAGCAUCGAACUUUUCUGUGUCGAGCGAAGUGCUGACCCAUGAGAACUUGGCCCUCUUGACCUGGACCAUGCCCCGGGGUUCAGAGUGGACACGCUUUUUUCGUGUGAGCGAUGGAGGCGAGUGCACUGAGCAUGUCGCGAUCGCAAACGAGGUUCGGAGGUACGCUACGGAAAUUCUGCAACGCCUGAACGCGCCGCUGGGAUGGGAAGUCAAACUCGACGAUACAGCGAACUCCCUGGGGCACGUAUGGCGGUGGUGGCUCAUCCGAAAAGACGUCAUCGACGCUGUGGGUACGCUUCACUGCGGGCAUUUUGCAAAAGCAGAGAUUAGGGAUCGGGCAGCACUGCCUGUUGUGCGCCGGAGUCCUCCCGGAGACGGGGGGCUUCGAAGAAUGAACGCAGCAGAUUUCGGGGCGGAAAGCGACGCUUGUAGAAAGCAGGAUGUCGAAUGAUCAGGGUGAAUGACGGAGUGCGUGCUCUGGUAAAAUUUUUGGAACAACGUUGUUGUGAAAUUACUUUCGAAUUUGAGCGCUAGUUGUGCUUUGGUUCAUUUUCAGCAUGUGUCAAACAAUCCUGCCCGCGUGAGGUGGUUUACCGG